CAGCGCGGUCACACUGAAGGUGGAGUGAAACGGCAACAACAACAACUGGGCUGCGGAUUUGUGGAAAUUUCCGCAAAACCAAAAUAAAAAUAGACUUGUGCCAACUUGCAAGCGAUGCACAAAGGGGCGCCACCUUGGCAAGUGGGCGGUGCCAACGAGGCAACCGAUAUGGACGAGCUGGUGUCCAGUAGGCGGAGGAUUCCCAGCGAAGAAGAAGAGGAGGCUGCAUACAAACAACUACUGAUAAGAAGUGAAGGGUCCACAAGUCGCAGAAUACUACUUAUAGGAUUAAUCCUUGCCAUUAUCACGAUUACCCUGCCCUCGGGGAAUGCCACCCACAUCAGCGGACAGUUCCAGACGGGCGAUUUCUUCCAGUUCCUCGUCAAGUUCGGCUUCAACAAGGCGGAUCCCACACGGCGAAAUGCCUUUGGAUACAUUUACGGCAAUAUAACAUCAAAGGACAAAUAUGCUGCUCCUUUGACGCUCGUCGUUCUGGACAGGAGCACCUUCCUCGAGUUCUACGGUAAUCGCAGCCAGAGGAGCCGGGAAGCCGCCUGCAUGGGAAUGUUCUCCCGCCUCCAAAGAAUAGCCUACGAUUCCAAGUGUAAUCCUCGAGCGAAGAGGGACUUCUUGCGUCACGUACCCUGUCCUGUCAAUCAGCUCUGCAGCGAUGAAGAUGCACCCUCGAACGUCAUUCCAGGAUCACAGUUCACAUAUGUUAUUAACCUGGAAGCAGAACCCAGAUUUUGGUACCUCUCCUUGGUGGCCUGCUAUCAAAACGAGACCACCUGCCAAUGGCACGCCCACGAAAGUUUGCCCAGAUUCAGUAAAUUCAGCAGCAGCCUGCUCAAUACCCUCGACUACGACAUCAACCUGGUUAACCUGCAUCCAAACAACUCGGCCGCACAUCCACUGACCUACCAGUACUCGUACGAUCAGCAGAAUCUGCUGGAGAUGUACCUCGUGUUCAUGCUCGUCUAUAUAGUGCUGCUGCCCAUGCAAAUUUAUGCCGUGCGGCGGCAGAAGCAUCCAGUGACCAAGUUAUUCACCCUGAGUCUCCUAAGCGAAUUCGUUAGUCUGGCUCUGAUCACCGCCCAUCUGAUUCACUAUGCGGCCAACGGAGUGGGCGAACCAAAACUACAGGCGGCGGGAGAUGUUCUGGACAUUCUGAGCCGCACCACUUUCAUGCUUAUCCUGCUGCUGUUGGCCAAAGGAUGGGCUGUAACCAGGCAGCAAAUAAGCAGAACGGGUUGGAUUAUCCUGAUGUCCAUCUGGGUGCCAUAUUGCGCAUUUCAUGUGUUUCUUUACAUCUGGGAUAGGACGGAAGUAGAUGUGGUUUCCGACAUCGACGAAUACCAAACCUGGCCCGGUUGGAUAGUCCUAAUACUACGCACCUCCUUUAUGAUGUGGUUCCUUUACGAACUGCGCAACACAAUGAAGUACGAGCACUCGACCAAGAAACUGGAUUUCCUGCUUCACCUGGGCGCCUCCAGUUUGGUGUGGUUUAUUUACCUGCCCAUCGUGGCCAUUGUGGCGCUGCAGGUCAGCCCCAUGUGGCGUUACAAGUUGCUUCAGGGCAUAACCAACUCGGCGGACUGCAUGGCCUAUUGCGUGAUGACCGGCCUCUUGUGGCCUCAUCGAGCGGGUCAAUAUCUGCUGCUAGCAGGCACCAAGUAUGCUGGCAUGGAUGAGUUGGACGAGUUCAACGAGGCGCCGCACAUUGUUAGAGAACGUGAGAGGCGUCGCAAUUCCCCGCCCGAUGAUAUUUCGAUUAGCACGGGAAGCGGAGGUGGUCGGGGGAUGGUGCUAUCUACAAGCAUUCCACAUUCGCUGAACGGCGAUGCCUGCAAUGACCUUCUGGAAGCGGAGGAUCUUGACGCCGAGCUGCUCACCGAUCUAAACAAGAACAGCCACAUUGUGGCGUAGAUUCAAAGGGUUAAUUACAAACUGUAGAAGUCAAUUGUGCUAAAUGAGACACGGAAUGUUAAUCAUCCUAACAAUUAACCAUAGAUUUAUCUAGAUUAUUGUGGGUUGAUUCUGAUGAAGCCAUAAAGGCCAAAUGUAGUUUACUUCAGUUAGCAAAGACAUUAUUUCUGUCAAAAAUUUCAUAUCUACCGGAAAUAGUUUUACAUAGUUAAAACAAGAUAGUCCAUCCAUUGAAGAUUAUUAUUAUUUGAUAUAUUUUUUUGUUAUAGGUUUCAAAAAUCAAUCCACCAUUAUCUAGAUAUCAAAUUAUCUGCGUGUAUAUUCCAUAUAGUGUGUACCCACUUACAACGAAGUCAGAGCGAGUGCAAAAAAAAUGCAUCAGAGAUUGUUGUGUGAUUUUAUAUAAUAUGCUUGAAUUUAUAAUUAGUUUCUAGUUAACGCAUAGGAGAACGAUUCGAUUCGGUACAAUAAGCUUCAGCAUCAUCAUUUCGUUGCGGUAGUUAUUGCAUACGCUUACAUUUUAACGAACUACCGACUACCUAUAAAGAUAAGCAAAGAUCCCCAUUCAACCAAGCGGUAUUUUGAUAAGAACAAACCAAACACACGAGCCAACGUCUAGAGGAAACAACUUGAAAUUGCAAAAGAAAGAUAGUGAAAUAAAUGAAUCAUUUUUAGAUAAGUACUUUAA